AUGAGUUUUUCGGGUAAAAUUCAAUCCCGAUGGUACCAUAGAGAGGCACAAAGAGAGGCUAGUUGCAAAAGGAUUCACUCAAGUUUUUUUGAUGAUCAUUCACUCUUCAUCAAGAAACAAUCUGAAAGCUUCACUGCCAUUCUAGUAUAUGUUGAUGACUUGGUUUUAAUCGGGAAUGACAUUGGUGAAAUCAAUUCCAUCAAGCAAGAUUUGGAUGACAAAUUCAAAAUAAAGGAUCUUGGUGAUCUCAAAUACUUCUUGGGAAUGGAAGUAGCACGCUCUAACUCUGCAAUUCACAUUUAUCAGCGGAAGUACACCAUGGACCUUCUCAGAGAUUUUGGUUAUCUAGAUUGCAAGCCUCUCUUUACUCCAUUUGAUUAUAGUCAGAAACUCUCAAAGGAAUCAGGUACCAUUUUAACAGACAACACUGUUUACAGACAGCUCAUCGGCCGACUCCUUUACCUCACAAACACUAGACCCGAUAUCUCUUAUGCUGUGGGACGUUUGAGCCAAUUUUUGGACUGUGCAACCACUUCUCACCUACAGGCUACUUUUCGUGUACUCCGAUAUUUAAAAGGCCGACCUGCAACUGGUCUCUUCUUCUCCUCUACUUCUAAUCUGCAUCUCACUGGAUUUACCGACGUGCCGAUACUCGUCGCUCCGUUUCCGGUUAUUGCUUCAUGCUUGGGAACUCGCUCAUUAGCUGGAAGAGUAAGAAGCAAACCACAGUUGCCAAGUCCUCUGCAGAAGCUGAAUAUAGGUCUCUUGCUGUUGCCACUUGUGAAGCUAGCUGGUUAUCUUUUUUAA